AAACGAAUCUAUUUUUGCCCGACUCGGUUAAGGAUAAUUCUUGGUAUUGGGGUGACUUGAGCCGCGAGAGUCCCCGAAAAACCGGCUUUUUCCCAGUCAUUCCGUGCAAAAGUCCCGCAAUUGCCGACAAAGAUCAUCGGUCCCCAUCGAUCAAUCUACAAAAGCUCACCAGCUUACCGGAGCCAGACGAAGACUUGCUAACCUCAGCCCGCACACAUUUUCGCCCGAUCAAAGAGGACGGCAACUGGACCGACGGCACCACGUUUCCCGUGAACAAUGCUCUGGAACGAGUCGCUUAUCGCAGGUCAGACUCGGGAAAUUUGUUAUACCUUCCCGACGGCGAGAGCCCGUACAUGGAAUAUCGAGAGAAUCUGAGCGCACCGAUCGCCGUAGCUGUACCCUCGAACCUGACCCUGAAAUUUAGGGUUCGCCAGUGCGACAAGGGCAUACAGACCGAGCCCGUUCGUUCUCCGAUCAAACGUCGAAUCUUGUCUGAGAAAGAUCGCUUGUAUUACUCGUUGAAUACCGACGGGGACAUUAUUCAUGCGAACGAUAGCGACGAUGUUGAAAAGGAUUCCUUUGAUCUGGAACAAACGAAUUGGGCCGAUCAGCCCGUAAUGCUUCUACGAAACGAAAGGAAAAGAAGGCACAGCAGCAGUUUCAAGGCUAGACCGCUGGCAGUGUUGCGUCCGUUGACACUUUAAAGUUGAAUAACGUGGUCUUGUGGAGGACGUGAUCCACUGUAAGGAAGAGGCAAAUUAUUUUGUUUUUAGUUUAGUUAUUUAUCGCCGCGAAUCGCUAAAUACAAUUAAUUUUAAAG